UCCUGCUCUCCAUCCCGUCCGUUAUCGAGCUCUGAACACUCCCCACGGCACAUUAUACACGUCAAGAUGACCUAUCCCCUCCCAGACACACAGGGUAUCAUCGACGACGAUGACUGGCUCGAACCCCCCACUCAAGGGGGCGCCAAAGACCCGCUUGUGGAUAAAGAGUACACUCGAAUCUCUACCGUCUACUCUGACGCGGGAUAUAGAGAAGGUAUCACCGACGGUAAACUUGCCACCCUUCAAGAAGGCUUCGACCAAGCGUUCGCCCAAGCCGUCCCGCUCUCUCGCCGUGUAGGCUCACUCCGCGGCCGAGCCGCCGCCCUCCUCGCAUUCGCCACCUCCCUAUCCCCUCCCGCCCCUGAAAACCUGGUGGAAGAUCUCCGCGUGCUCAUCCGCGAUCUCUCGUCCGUACGAAGAGACGCCGUAUUGCCCGAAGACGAGGAGCGAAAGCAGCACGAGGAAGAGGAGCAUGGAGAGGGACAGGAAGCGUUCGAGUUGGAUGUGAAUGAUCAGAGGGAUAUGGAGGGGUUGGAGAAAAGUUUGGAGAUGAUGGGUGGAGGAGGGGGAGUUGGGAAGGAUGAGAAGGUUGGGGAGGAGGGUGUGGAGAGGCUUGAGGCGAGGUUGAGAGAGUUGGAAGGGAGGUUUAGGGGUUAAAGUUGUCUUUGAGGGUAUUGAAGAGACUCUCGGCUUGCUCUCUUGGGCAGCUUCGGUGCAGCGCCCGACAAUGAUGAAGCUACACGGCCAGGCCCCGAGAGGUCGUCACAAAGCUAGUGGCCGAGUCAUCGAGCACCAACGACCGCCUGCUGUGGGACAGUGGGACAGUGGGACAGUGGGACAGAAGG